CAGGCAGACCAUGCCGACGACAACAACAUCACAAUGUUUCUGUGAAAGCAACCAGAAUCAACAUCGCUCUGCUCGCUCAUCAUGUGCUCCAAAACUACAAGAUUCGAUGGCAAGGUCAUCAUCGUGACUGGAUCGAGCUCCGGUAUCGGAGCCGCCGCGGCGAUAAUGUUCGCUGAGCGUGGUGGGAGUGUCGCCAUACACGGGAGGCGACAAGAUAAACUGGACGAGGUCGCAGCAAAGAUCGAAUCGGUGUCUGGCAGGAAGCCAGUGUCGGUGACCGGUGACAUAACUUGCGAGAAGGACCGCGAGACUCUCGUGAAUGAAACUCUGAAGGCUUUCGGGAGGAUCGACGUUUUGGUGAAUAAUGCCGGAACUUGCGAACCCUCAGGUUGGCAGACAGAUAUCAAACUCUUACAGCCAGUGCUGGAUCUGCACGUGAUAGCCCCUCUGGAUCUAUCUCAGAGAUGCAUGCCUGAAUUGUUGAAGAACAAGGGAAACAUCGUUAUGAUCUCCUCGAUUGGAGGUCUUAUGGCGCCGAGAGGAUACCUCCAUUAUUCGAUCGCCAAGGGCGGCAUGCAGACGAUGAUGAGAACCCUUGCGGCUGAGGUUGCCAAGCUCGGAGUCAGGGUGAAUGCGGUCAAUCCGGGAUACAUCGAAACAGACAUCUUGAGGGAUGAGGAGCUCAAGAAGAGGAUCGCUGCGAACCCGAACUUCACCGCGACUUUCAAUCCGAACGGUAUCGCUGGAAAACCGGAUGAUGUUGCGGAAGCGAUCUGUUUCCUCUCGAGCGACGCCGCUCGCAUGAUUACAGGUAGUACGAAUACUGUCGACGGUGGCAAAACCGCAUUUUUACAGUUUUGAGUCGAUCCAAAUCCUUACCGGCAUCGCCCGACCGUGUCGGAGGUCAGAACGGAUGGCACAUUCAAUAAACUCAUCCAAUUGA